CCUUUAACACCACCCUUCCUCUUCACAACCUCACUACCAGGUGUGUGUCUGUGUGUGAGAGAGAGAGAAUAGAAAGAGAGAGAGGUUUGAGCAACAAUGGAGGGGAAGGAAGAAGAUGUUAAGCUCGGAGCGAACAAGUUUUCCGAGAGACAACCCAUCGGAACAUCAGCUCAGACUGACAAAGAUUACAAGGAACCACCACCGGCGCCGCUGUUUGAGCCCGGAGAGUUGUCGUCAUGGUCGUUUUACAGAGCUGGAAUCGCUGAAUUCAUCGCGACUUUCUUGUUCUUGUACAUCACUGUGUUGACUGUUAUGGGUGUCGCUAAAUCUCCUACCAAAUGUGGGACUGUGGGUAUUCAAGGUAUUGCUUGGGCUUUUGGGGGUAUGAUCUUUGCCCUUGUCUACUGCACUGCUGGUAUCUCAGGAGGACACAUCAACCCAGCAGUGACCUUCGGUUUAUUACUAGCAAGAAAGCUAUCUCUAACAAGAGCAUUGUUCUACAUGAUUAUGCAAUGUCUUGGAGCCAUAUGUGGUGCAGGUGUGGUCAAAGGUUUUCAGGGCAAAAACCAGUUCACCACUUUGGGUGGUGGAGCCAAUGUCGUAGCCCAUGGCUACACCAAAGGCGAUGGUCUUGGUGCUGAAAUUAUUGGCACUUUUGUUCUUGUUUACACCGUGUUUUCUGCUACUGAUGCUAAGAGAAGUGCCAGAGACUCCCAUGUUCCUAUUCUUGCUCCUCUCCCAAUCGGGUUUGCAGUGUUCUUGGUUCACUUAGCCACCAUCCCCAUCACCGGAACUGGUAUCAACCCUGCAAGAAGUCUUGGAGCUGCAAUCAUCUACAACAAGGACCAUGCAUGGGAUGACCAAGUAAUGGAUCUUCUGGGUUGGACCCUUUAUUGGAGCUGCACUUGCUGCUAUGUAUCAUCAGAUAGUCAUCAGGGCCAUUCCUUUCAAGAGCCGAUCUUAAAAUUUAUAGGGUUUGUGAGUUUUGUGUGUGUGUGUGUGUGUAAAUUAUGGUGUACUAAAAUGAAUGCUAUUUGUAUUUAAGAUCCCCAUGCUUGUUAUUCAACUCUCUUCUAUGGAAUGAACAGUUAUUGGCUCGGUUUUACUC